CAGGUGGACAGAAGGUCCUUAACUUUCGUCGAAUCCGCGUUAAAAACGAGCGGUUUUUCGUCGCGUAAGUUCCACAUUCGAUUUUUCCACGCUGAGUUGCAUCCGCACAGGUUAAUCAUGGCAUUGGACCACCUGAACCAUGCGCUUGAAGUCUUCGGACGGUCAGCUGCAGGCCAUCCAUAACCGGAACAACGCGAUCCUGCACUCACCCAAACGACUCAACACUGCCCAGAACAGCAACAAUAAAACCCAGUUCAGUACCACCACAACUCUAGCUGCUGCCCAGUACAAACAUGCCACCACGCAAGAGAUCAGCAACAUUUCCGCCAGCACGCAGCAACUUACGAUUGAAGAGGUUGCUGCUUUGAACGUUCAGAUCGUUACUCAGGAGCUGCGAUGGUGCAACUCCGAUCAACAGCCUGUUCAGUUCAACAUCAACAGACGAAAUAUCAACGGCACGCUGGCGGCCCAGCUGCGCCUGCGGGCGUUCCCGAAGGACGAGCUUCUGAUGCCGCAGUCUCCAGAUGAUGCCCUGGGCGAUGACGAUGAGGCGCUCCAAAGCAGCAGUUCUUCGGCCUCAGGAUCGCCGCAGGAUGAAGACCAUCCCUUUGAGCCAUCCGAUGAUUCUUCAGAUGAAGGCAACGACUACUCGCAGCACUCGAAUUCCGCUGAUAUGAUGCAGGCGCCGCUGAAGGGGUUUGUCAACCCCAACUAUCCAGGCUUCCAGCAUCUGGCCCACACUCUGGAUUUUGACGAGGAUUGUCUGAACAAUGCCAACAACAACAAUGAGGAAUAUGGCGUGUGCGACAAGUUCGACAGCGUCAAUCGGCUGGAUAGCGUGGAAAACAUCCAGAAAGUGUUCCACGAUAAGUCGCUGGACUUGGACGUGGCCCCCCUUCCAGACUCGCCCAACAGCGACUGUUUGAGCAGCGAUUGUAGUGCAGACAGUGCCAUAACAGUGAACGAGUCGUUCAAUAUUCGCGUGGACGAAAGUAAAGUGUUUGAAAGUGAAAAACGCGGGGAACCAAAUGUUGGUAGUGUGGUGGGCGAUUUUCGGAAGGAGGUGGAAGAAGAGCUGGGCAAAGUCUGCUCAGUGAAGCAGCAAGUCCUGGAUGAAUCCCACACAGUGGUUGUUCAUGAGGUGACAACCCCAGAGUCCGUAGUCCUGCAGCAGAAAAAGGAGGCUACUUUGGCAAAAAUGGCCAAGAAAUCCUGCAAAACCAUGGACAACUGCCCAAAUCAACCUAAGCAGGAGAGAAGAAUUGGCAGGCAGGUGCCCUCCUUCCUGCCGUUAAGCCAGAAAUCGCUGCCAGCAACCCCGCAGGAAAUGCUGUCGCCCAUAGAGAGUAGCGGGAGGAUUGUGAAGCCUGCAGUUAACCACUCGGAGCCUGCAGAUAAAAAACCCGAAACCCUCAGAAGAGACUCCAAUCGGGAACUGGAGGAAAUCGAAAUCCAGAUCAAAAAAAUCAAAUCGGACACCAUGAACAGCCUGGGGCAGCUGGACCAGUUCAGGAAAGAAGAUUUCACCAAACAGUUCCGGGAAAAGGACGAGGACAGUUCAGCAAUGAAGUCAAACAACUACGCGAAAAAAAGACGCGACUACAAUCAGCAAUUCGGCAGUUUGAUCACUUUCCCGAAGCGACAGUCCAUCAAGCGCGAUCCAGUUAAUCGAAGAUCGGUGCCAAUGGUGCGGGACAGGAAGAAACUGUGCAAUCCUGAACUCUUCGGUGCAUUCGACGUCUACAACAUAGAAACAGCCAUGCCCAAGAUCGACCUCGAAGCCAUCGAGAGCCACCUCAAAGCCGCCAAGGAAGAGGAGCGAAGGAGACGAACAGAUCGGGAGGAAAUCAGACGAAGAUUGGCCAUGGGAAACGAAGAUGAUUACUACACGGAUCGGCCAGGACGAAAGCCCAGCUUACAGGCCAGGCUGCAAAGUGGCAUGAAUCUGCAAAUCUGCUUCAUGAAUGAGACGGUGUCGGACAACGAGAGUCCCUCUUCAGACAAUGAGUGCCCCCUCACCAACCCCAAGCCUACGAAAAAUUCCAGGCCGAAUCAGAACUCCCAGGCCAGCGGACCUCAACCUCAAAGACCUGCCACUCUAUCGCUGCAUCCCAUUCCUCCACCUCAGUUGGGUGCAGCCGCAGCCGAAACCGAUUUCUUCACAAAACAAGCGCGGCUUCAAACCGAAGCUCGGAUGGCUCUGGCGCAAGCCAAAGAAAUGGCCAGGAUGCAAAUGGAGAUCGAAAAGCAGAAGCAGAAAAAGUCGCCCAUCACCGAAAUGGUGCGGCACAGCCUGGAAAAGGUCGGAAUACCAUUUCCUGAGGAAAAACGUCGCCUUUCCCGGCAGAUCCUCACCGAAAUGAACGUGGCGCAGCUGCAAGUGAUCGUCAACGACCUCCACACUCAAAUUGAGACCCUCAAUGAGCAGCUGGUGAAGUUCCUGAUGGACAGGGACGAUCUCCAUAUGGAGCAGGACUCAAAGCUGGUGGACAUUGAGGAUCUGACGAGAUAUUUAGGGGCGAAAGAGCAGGUUCUGAAGGAUCAGGGCCCAGUUCCGACGCCUCAAAACAACAACAUUCCUCCAUCGCCUGCUCCUUCAUCGCCAUUAACGUCGCUGAAUAACUCAGUGCGACCGCAUUUGAACCGGAUAGCCAGCCUUGUAAAGAAAUAGGGAAAUCCGCUAAGAAACUAAUCAAACUUGCCUCAGUUGGGCGUUAUGUUAGAGGCGUCCCCGUCCUUGUAAAACAUGUACAUACUUGCGCUGUAAAGCUACCCUUCUUUGUUCUAAAUGUACCAUCAAUUGCUUGUUAGAGAAGGAGGUAUACUGUGUUGAAAAAAUGCGGCCUGGGUUUUGAGCUCGGAUUUAUUGUUUUGAUUUGUGAUAUAGUUUUUAGUUGUGCUUGGUUUUUGAGGAUCACUUUGACGUCUUUUUCUCAGUAGACCCAAAAAAUAUUCCGUGUAUGUUCUUAAGCGAUAUUAUUUAUUUUUUUAAUCUCAACCUGUGUAUUCGAAUAGAUCUGGAAAGUUUGACUGGUUUUGGAUGUAGAUGAAGCGAACAUCUGCUCGAGUAGUUUAAGAACCCCGAAUUGCAUCACGUUUUUUGAACUUUACAUUUUAGGCCGCCGUGUAUUGCUACUCCUUUAUUGUAAGACUGUAUGCCAUCCAAAGAAUAUUUGCUAGUACUACUACUACUACUAAUAAUAAUAAUAAUAUUAAUAGUGAAGCUGUAUUAAACGGAAACUCUAAACUGUUGGAUUGUUACCGCUCCUCAUUUGGUUAUAUUUUAGGUUGAUUAUAAACAAUGUAGACUCAAUCGUUGUGAUUAAAAUUGCUUGAAUAAAUGAGCCACAAAAAAU